AUGGUGUCUAAGGGAAUAUCUAAACGUUCCACCGGCUUGCCGAGUGAUGUGUCGGGAUUCGAGUGGGACGCUGGUUUGCGCCAGAGGUAUGGAGCUAUGGAAGAGCUCGAGUUCGGCGUCGAGAUGGAGGAGACGUCAGGGAGGUCGACUGGUGAGAAUGGGGAGAGAAAGCAGUUGAGUCAGAGCGAUUAA